AUGGCAUCGGAAAAGCGUUCUUCGCGUAAUCUUAUUGCUGCAGUGGAUUUUGGCAGCACCCAUGCUUGUACACGGAUCUAUAAUGCCAAACUAGAAAGCGCUUUAAACAGGAGCGGACGGAUGUUAUAUAAAGUAGUUCCAAACGCCAAAUUCAAGAUGAUAUCGCAUUACAAACUCACUUGCAUUUUCGCUGUUACUCGUCUUGCGCAUAUGUUUGAUGAGGAUCCUGUGCUUUACGAAAAGUGCCGCGAUGGAGAAUUUGUCUACGGAUGUCUGGAGACUUGGCUGCUGUGGCGUUUAACUGGCGGAAGAGCCUGGUGCACAGACGUCAGCUGCACCAGUGCCACCGGAGCCUUCGAUCCCUCCAUUCUUGGUCUUAGUCCAAUGAUUCUGAAUUUUUUGAAAAUCUCCCCGAAAAGUUUCCCCGCAAUAUGUCCCACAAGCACUUUCUUCGGUGAGAUUCGUUGCGGCCCCUUGGGGGAUCCGGGCGGCGCAGUGAAAGGACGAAGAGUGCGGGUGACCGCUCUAAUCGGCGACUCACAGGCUGCUAUGUUGGGCGAAGGCUGUCUCCGUGUGGGUGAUGCGAAACUCACCCUCGGUACCGGCGCAUUCCUCAAUGUCAACAUCGGUUCCCAUGUGAUCCCUCCCAAUACUGGCAAGUACUCCUUCCAGAUUGCUAGACACUUAAUGACAUUAAAUUUUUUUGAGGUAGGAUUUUAUCCUGUCGUUGGGUGGGCUCAAUCUGCGAGAACUGAUACCUCCCUUAGCUGUGAAGCACUACCAGAUACGGAACUGAAAAACGUCACUUUUCUAAUUGAAGGCUUCAACUCUGACGCGGGCAGCUCAUUGAACAAAUUAAAAGAGGCCGGUACGUCACACAACGUCGAAUUGUUACUUCUGUUACUUUCAGACGUAUGCGGAAUUAGAACAGAUACUCAACUCUGCUUCGAGUAUGUUCUUGAAAUCGCUUGCAUUGUAUUUCGUGAGUAUAGUGCCCACUACAAUGAUUCGGGAACCACAUUUACACCUCCCAUGUCAGCAGGUAUUCAGCGCCUGUCCCUCCUUGUUCUUUUCAUCAUUGACAUCAUACUGGCAAGUCACUGGCUGAACAAUUCUUUCGAUAUGGCUGUGGAGACGUCACCAGUCUUUGUGCCAUCCUCUUUGGGCCUCCGUAAAGUAUCCCUAAAGAAGAGGGCACGUUUGCGUGAAGGUGAGAAGACUCUAACUUUCGUUAACACCAACACCACUCUCACUGAAGGCGGGAUAUUCGUGGGACUGCCGGAGCCACUUUCACAACGUAAUCUUCCCAUCUCCACCCGCCAUUCCGCCCUCUUUGCCCUCAUGGACUCUAUUGUCAUGUCUGCUCGUCUCCUCUUCGUCAAGGGAGUCAACAAAGAACUGGUCUCUGACAUAUCAGUGCUGCGCUUGAAUGGCAAUCUCACUCAAUCAGACUGGUUAAUGCAACGACUGGCGGAUACACUGAAUCUGCCAGUGGAGAGGAGCGCAAUUUCUGAAACAUGUUGUCUCGGUGCCGCCAUUGCUGCUGGAGUUGGAGCUGGUAUAUGGGAUACGUAUGCUGAGGCGGUGCAAUGUGUGCGAAAGCAAAAUGCAAGACUCGCAUUGCCUGAAGCCUCCAAAGCUCCACACACGCGCUUUAUUCCCAACCCUGCCUCCGUCGCUCAUAUGCAAUCUCGGUAUUUUCAGUGGACCACCGUCUGUGCGCAUGCUCUGGCUGCCCACGACUCUGAAUUAGUCGACAGCGAACCAAUAAUUUCAUUGAACUCCCUUCUCAAGCUCUCCAAGUGA